CCUUGCUUUGGCUGCUGUAAGGGAAACUGAGGAGAUCGAAGUCCGUAAUCCUUUCCAUUACAGCUGCACAUCAUGGCCUCCUUGCAGCGAGGAAUCCAUUCCUCCUAUGUAUGAACACUCAUUUUUCAGAGGAACUUAUCCAAGAUUAUCUAGAAUGGGCCCAUUAGGUGUCUGGGUCUUAGUGGGGACAACCUCCCUGCUCCUGCCCCCUUCCCCCAUACAGCAACACUGGCUUCCCUCCCCCCACUGAAGGACGACACAGCGAGAAUUGCACUCCCUCCCUCCCCCUCUUCCUCCAAGGCCCAUUAAAGGCUCCCGUGGCUUCUACAGCCCAUCGAUCCGAGCCGUUUCCAGCUAAGUGCUGCUGAACUCCAACCCCAGGGACCAAGGGAGGGAGGGAGGGCAAGCUUGGCUCAUGAGAGAACUGAUGGGGUUGUGGGGGUGGUCUGGUGUCGCUCAGGAAGAGGAGGCGGCUGGCAUUCGGGACUGGGCAGUGGAGAACUGGGUUAGACACGGAGAAGGGAAUUGGGAGGCAGAGGUACUGAUCUCCAUCACUGAGAGCUAGCAAUUCCCCCCAGGAGAGAAUGGAGGCUUGGGGGCUGGGAGCCAGGAAAGCUCCUAACUAGUGUCAGGGCCCCUCCCUCCUCUCCUGCAGCGUCCUGUUUGCUAGAGGAGGAGGAGAAGCCAGGACAGAGGAGCUGCUGCUGCUGCUGCUGCUGCUGCUGCAGUGGGGAGCCCAGGCACCCCGCCCCGGGGAGGAUCAAGGGGAGGGGCCAGGAGAAGGCAGCAGGCCGGGCCGGGCUGAGGGCAGAGUGGAAGGGGAACCUCCCUACGACCAUUGCUCCAUCCCCAGCUUGUGGGGAGACCCGGGUCCCUGCUGCUGCCCCGCCCCUCAAGGCCCAGCCCCCUAGCCUCAAUCUCCUCCCCUGCGCAGAGCCCAGCCCCAGCCCCACAGCUUUACUCCCUACUCCCAUCCCAGUAGCAGCCGCCACCUGGCCCCUGGCAGUCCCUUCCCGGGAAAAAUCCCUGUUCUGCCCGUUGGAGUUUAAGCCCCAACCCCGGUCCCUUGGCCAGGGGGGCCCCAGCCCAGCCCCCUCCCCUGCCAGCGCUCAGGCCCUCCGUUUGCAGCUCUUCCUCCAGCUCAGCCUGGCUCUCUGAUCCCCUGAGGCUGCCUCAGCCUUGCUUCUGGCCCUCAGAGCCCCUUUUCCUCUCUGACCCUCACCUGGCACGCAGCCUUCCCCCUCGGCCCCCUCCUCUUUCUCCUCAGCCCGGUCUGACUUUGGGGCUGUGCCACCUCAGCCUUGAUCUUGAGCUGGUCCUCUCUUGCAGCUGCAUCCUGGUGUUUCUGAGGCAGAUGCCCGCCUGAGUUGGUCAGGCAGUCCUGGCAGCCUGUGCCCAGCCCUGCCUGUACAGGGCUGAGUGCUUAGAGCAUGGCAGCUGGGGUAGCAACCUGGCUGCCUUUUGCCAGGGCAGCUGCUGUGGGCUGGCUCCCCCUAGCUCAGCAGCCACUGCCUGCUGCCCCCCAGGGAUGUGAGGCCCGCAGUGAUGAAGUGCUGGUGGUGAAUGUCAGUGGGCGACGCUUCCAGACGUGGAAGAAUACGUUGGACCGAUACCCAGAUACACUGUUGGGCAGCUCAGAAAAGGAAUUUUUUUUUGACCCAGACUCGGGUGAAUACUUCUUUGACCGGGACCCGGACCUCUUCAGGCAUGUCCUCAACUUCUACAGAACUGGGCGCCUCCACUGUCCCAGACAGGAGUGCAUCCAGGCUUUUGAUGAGGAGUUAGCAUUCUAUGGCAUAGUGCCAGAGCUCAUUGGUGACUGUUGCCUGGAAGAGUACCGAGACCGCAAGAAGGAGAAUGCCGAACGCCUGGCUGAGGAUGAGGAGGCUGAGCUGGGGGGUCCUGGAGGGGCUGGGGCCGACUGGGCCUUGCCACCUGGCAGCCCCUUUCGCCAGCGCCUGUGGCGAGCCUUUGAGAACCCACAUACAAGCACCAUGGCUCUGGUAUUCUACUACGUGACGGGCUUCUUCAUCGCGGUCUCCGUCAUCGCCAAUGUCGUAGAGACCAUCCCCUGUGCAGCUGGUGGCCGGGCUGGCUGGCGGGAGGAGCCCUGUGGGGACCGCUUCCCACUGGCCUUCUUCUGCAUGGACACAGCCUGUGUGCUCAUCUUCACCGGGGAGUACCUCCUGCGGCUGUUUGCGGCGCCCAGUCGGGGCCGCUUCCUCCGCAGUGUCAUGAGCCUCAUUGACGCCGUAGCCAUCCUGCCCUAUUACAUUGGGCUCUUUGUGCCCAAGAAUGACGACCUGUCUGGGGCCUUUGUGACCUUGCGUGUUUUCCGGGUCUUCCGAAUCUUCAAGUUCUCCAGACAUUCCCAGGGCCUUCGGAUUCUGGGCUACACACUCAAGAGCUGUGCCUCUGAACUGGGCUUUCUCCUCUUCUCCCUCACCAUGGCCAUCAUCAUCUUCGCCACCGUCAUGUUUUAUGCUGAGAAGGGCACUAGCAAGACGAACUUUACCAGCAUCCCAGCUGCCUUCUGGUACACCAUCGUUACUAUGACCACUCUUGGGUACGGGGACAUGGUGCCCAGCACAAUUGCUGGAAAGAUCUUUGGCUCCAUCUGCUCACUCAGCGGGGUGCUGGUCAUUGCCCUGCCGGUGCCUGUUAUUGUCUCCAACUUCAGCCGAAUCUACCAUCAGAACCAGCGUGCUGACAAGCGCCGGGCCCAGCAGAAGGUGCGACUGGCAAGGAUCCGAAUGGCCAAGAGCGGGACCACGACAGCCUUCCUUCAGUACAAGCGCAACAGGGGCCUGGAGGACCAAGAUGGUGCUGAAAGGCCAGCGCUGAGCACACGAAGCAGCUCAGCUUUUGAACAGCAACACCAUCAUCUUUUGCACUGUCUAGAAAAGACCACGUCACAUGAGUUCACAGAUGAGUCCACCUUCAGUGAGGCACUGGGAGUCAUUUCCCUGGGUGGCCAAACCAGCCGGAGCACAUCUGUGUCUUCCCAGGCUGUCAUAGGCACCAGCACUCGGGCUAGUAGUCUGAUCUCUUCUUGCUGCCCCCGACAGAACAAGCAGCGCCGGGCCAUUCGCCUGGCCAACUCCACGGCCUCUGUUAGCCGAGGCAGCAUGCAGGAGCUGGACACUCUUGCUGGGCACCAUAGCCCAGGACCCCAGAGCAGCCGAGCCAGCCUCAAUGCCAAGACUCAUGAUACUCUGACUCUGAACUGUGACAGUCAGGACCUGGUGGCGGCCAUCAUCAGCAUCCCCACCCCCCCAGCUAACACCCCAGAUGAGAGCCGGCCACGUUCCCCUGCCAGUGACAGGGGGGAGGGGCCUGGUAGACCCUCUUCAGGCAGCAGCAGCAGCAGCAGGGGGGCCCUCCGGAACUCCAGCCUGGGCCCUUCUUACCUUCUGCACAAUGCUGUCAAAAUCUCCUCCCUGUGACUAGAGGGCUUCACCACCUUGGAUGUUUCCCUGUUUUGUUUUCAAAGCCAUAUUUGGAGGGGGCAAAGUGUUGCAGAUGAGGGACUCACUGACCUUCUCUUCCUGCCCCAAGCUAUGCAAUGGAAUAUUCUAGUGGUGGGGGGGGGCCCCAUCUCAGUCCCUCUUCAGCCUCCUCCACUGCCCUGAACAGGACAAUUUUGUGGUGCAAUGGAAUGGGGGGGUGGGGGAGUUAGCUAAGUGCUCUAAUCCAAGAAGCCAGUUGGGGGAAGGGAGAACCCUAGCUCCACUCAUGUCCCCUCUUCUCUGUCCCCCAGAGACAUGGACACCAUGAGUUGGGCUGGCAGAGGAUGAGCCUUUGGGUCUCCCCAUAGCCUCCCUAUUCCUAGGACCUGUCACUGACUGGGCCAGCAGGAAGGAACCUAGCUGAAAUGGGUGUCUCAGGAGGACAUGUGUCAGCACCUGGGCUAGCAGAGGCUGCCUGGGAGAUGUCAGCCGGCAGAGGGAGCCUCCACCACACUGCUGUAGCCUCUCUCCAUGGAUUGGCCUUCUUCAUGUGGAGACAGGUGACUAAGCUGAACAGCAGAAGGGGAGCCUUCCCCCAUCUCCUCCCGUCCUCCUCAGGCACGGAGAUCAGCGAGGAAAGCAUAGUGGAAAGUGAUCCACGGGGUCUUGGCCAGAGAAGCGGAGUCCUGGCCCUUUGGAGCACAAGCUCAGCUCCCUAGGAAGGGAGGUCCAACAUCCAGCCUUCUGGUGCCCUCCCUGCCCCCAUGACAUAGGCAGCAGUAGCUCUCAGCCUAGCUCUUUGAUGCAAAGAGCCUCUGCUAUCCCGCCAUUCUGCCCUUGAGAUCCAGCUGAAUUCUUGGGGAGAGGACUAAGGGCCAGGAGGAGAGGUGUUUUAAGGUCUCCAGAGCUCUUAGAGCCUGCCUCAGUUUCUCUUCUGUGUCCUAGAUCCCCUCCAUCAGCUGGGGUUUGCUGCCUGCCUCACUUGCUUGCCUUUUUCCUGGCACGUCUCAGGUUUCCCCACCUGCCCCAUGCUCAAAGCCAGUGGCCUACUGGAUGCAGUUCAAACCAAUAAAAACCUA